AUGCUUGUAAUAACAAUAUGGGUAUUAGAAGUUAUUCAAGAAUUUACUGAUAUUGUUAAAACAGUCUAUAAAGGUGCGAGAAAAGGAAGUGGUCCAGUCGUAUUCAUGAACGACGAUCUUAGAAAAACAAAUGCCUAUCAUUUAUUUGUCAAUAAUUUUUGUUCGUCAUGUCCAUUGGGCGAACAUUGUGCACCAUUAAUUACAAUCAUAAAUCAGCAUAAAUCAAGAUGCUUGGAUGAAGCAACUAUUUCACCGUUUCAUCAUUGUUUUCUAUGUCUGGGUAUUUUACAUGAAUACACUGAAAAAAAUUUUAUGCAUCAAAUCAAAAAGGUUGCUGAAGAAUCUACCACUGAUUUCGAAACGUUUCGAUGUAAUUUAUCAUUGCCGUUGAUUUUACUUGUUAGACAUGCAUAUUUAUUGAAAUUUUUGCAACAAGUAUCAAGCGAUUAUUCUGACAAAGAUAUACCAUGGGUCAAAGAUCAAUGGAAAAAUAUAAUGGUAGAGCAAUUAGAAGAUAUCAUUGAUAAACCAUAUCAAAUGGAAAGCCCAUUUGAACUUAAUUUGGAUUUUUCAUACGAUAAAGAAAAAGAAGAAUUUAAUUUUUUACGACGAUUUCGUUAUGCUGAUGAUAUUAAAAAGCAGAAAUCAAACGCUCAAGAAGGUUUUACUCGAACGUCUGUGUUAAAUGUAUUACAAGACAUUACUUUUGAUGAUUUUGAAAAGUAUUAUAAACCAAAUGUCAACGGUAAAUGUAUAUGUAAAAUAACAGCUCAACAUGAACCCAUUUAUUUGGCUGGUCGUUACAAUAAAUAUUCUCGUACAUUAUCUCAAACACCGUGGAUUAUUGAUGGUAUUAAAAAAUCUGAUACAUCAAUUGAAGAAUUAAUAUCCAUUCCAUUAAAAAAAUUUGUCGAUGCAAAACGUAAAUCAAAUAAUUCUUUUAAGUUUACAUUGACAUCUGUAUUAUUUAUUUAUUUUUUGUUUACAGAACAUUCCUUUCUUUCAAGUGGUCGAGAAGAUGUUGAUGUACGAACACUUGGUCAAGGACGACCAUUUGUUAUUGAGUUUCGUAAUCCUAAACGAGUACUAAUAAAGCCAUCUGAUAUAAGAAAGUUACAAUUGAAAAUUAAUGAAUCAACAAAAGAUAUUCGUGUACGAGAUUUACAACAAAUAUCUAAAGUAGAUUCGAGUCAGAUAAAAGAAGGUGAAGAAGAUAAAACAAAAUGUUAUUUGGCAUUGUGUUAUAGUGAUACAAAAAUAGAUCAAAACGAAUUAGAUAUUCUUUCAACGUUGAAUAAUUUAACAAUUGAACAAAAAACUCCGAUACGUGUAUUACAUAGACGUACUGUUAUGACUCGUGUACGUAUUAUUCAUACUAUGUCAGCCAAAUUAAUAGAUGAUUAUCAUUUUCAAUUAAAUUUAACAACGGGUGCAGGUACUUAUAUCAAAGAAUUUGUACAUGGCGAUUUUGGUCGAACAGAACCAAAUUUACAAUUAAUAUUAAAACGUUUCGUUGAUAUAUUAGAAUUGGAUGUUCUUUCUGUUAAUGUUGAUUUUCCGCCAUCAUUGGGUGAAGACGAUGAUAUUCAAGAACAACAACAUCGAGUACCGCAAUCAAAUGGAACAGUUUUAUAGUCACUUUUAUUGUUUCCCUAUUGUUGUUUUACAUAUAUUUUCUCAUUUCACUAUUAUUACUAUUUUAAUAAAAAAAAGUGAAGUACGUUCUUCUUUCCAGUUUCACAACGUCAUUUUAGAAAUAAUUCAUAAUGUAUUUCAUUGAGCUAUAUUGAGUCGUUAAAUGUCUUGAUACAAGGAUAUUUUAAAGAGAAACAUUUCCAGUCU